AUGACGACCGCACUUCUUCAUAAAGUACGUGAAAUGCAAGCAGAAUUAACAACAAUUCGACACGAUAUUCAUGCACACCCUGAAAUGGCCAUGGAAGAGGUACGAACGUCAGCAUUGAUCAUCGCGAAACUAAAAGAAUGGGGUAUAACAGUCACGGACGGUGUAGGUAAAACUGGCGUUAUUGGCACGUUGACAAGUGUGAAACCAGGUGAUCGAACUAUUGGUCUCCGUGCUGAUAUGGAUGCUCUUCAGUUAACUGAACAAACCAACGUUUCAUACUGCUCCCUGAAGCCUGGUACUAUGCAUGCUUGUGGACACGAUGGACAUACAGUGAUGUUGCUCGGUGCGGCUAAACAUCUGGCCGAACAUCGAGAUUCGUUCUGUGGAACUGUUCAUUUCAUAUUUCAGCCUGCUGAAGAAGGACAAAAGGGUGCAAUAGCAAUGAUCAAUGAUAAACUAUUCGAACGAUUUCCAAUGGACGCUAUUUACGGUUUACACAAUUCUGGAGAAGCACUUGGACAAUUUGCUAUCCGAUCAGGCCCAUUUAUGGCUGCAGCCGAUCGUUGGUUUGUUACGUUUUACGGCACGGGUGGUCAUGGUGGGGCAGGUGCACAUCACGCUACUGAUGUUGCAGUUUUACAAGCACAGUUUCUUCUAGCUUUGCAAACGAUUGUUAGUCGCAAUGUCAACGCACUCGACACUGCUGUGAUCAGUGUUGGUGCUAUCGAAAGCGGAUCAUUUGACUCGGUGAAUGUGAUGCCAUCGAAGAUACGUAUUGGCGGGACUGCUCGAAGUUUGAAACAGUCGGUGCGUGAUACAGUCGAAAGACGCAUGAAAGAAUUAGCUGAUGGUUUAGCUGCUAGUUACGGUUGUCGAGCAGAAGUUGAAUACGUUCGUCUUGGGAUUGCUCUUGUGAAUCAUGAAGAACAAACGAAACGAGCAAUUAAAGCAGCUGAGGCCGUUGUUGGCGAAGCGAACGUCCAUAAAAAUAGAGAGCCGUCGAUGGCUGGUGAAGAUUUUGCUUUCUUUCUAGCUGAACGACCUGGUUCAUUCAUUUUUCUCGGAAUCAACAAUAAAGGAGAAAGCAGAAACUUACAUUCUCCAACAUAUAAUUUCAAUGAUGAUGCUAUUCCAUAUGGUGUCGCCUAUUGGAUCAAGUUAGUGCAACAAGAACUUUGCAAUCAGUGA